GUUGUAUUGUACAUUUUUUAUACCUCUAGCACGAGUGUAACGAGAGGACAACUCACAUUCUGAAGAUAUUGUGAUAUUAAUAUCGCUAAUCAUAGUUACCUUGAUCUGUCUUCCCGGCUUUAAAAGUUUUUGGGUCGAUAAGAUUAAAGUUAGACCAUAAGAAGGAUGGGACACUGCAUUAGGUCUACUAGCUCUUGCUAGGCAAAUCCUUUUCACACCUAUCCAGUCAUGUACCCAUCCAACCUAUAUUUAAAGCUUUCCACAGUUCCACUCAUCAACAGCGCCAUUGCCAAACCAAUACUUCCCUAUAACCUUUCUAAAUCUAAAUUUCUCCAACUUGAAUUCAUUGCUGCAAGUCAUGUCUUGGUUAUUUUUAUUAUGCUAUUUUUGCCCGGAAUACUCUGCAUAUUUUUUUUUUUUUAAGGGGCUUUCGGCAUGUACACCCAAAUGUUAUUCUCCUUUGUACAAACAUUGUAUCAUGCUGAAAUAAAAUUAUUAUUAAGUAAGACACAUAUGCAGCAAUUAGGUAUCUUUAUUCUGAAACGUUUUGCCUAUAUGGGAGGCUUCUUCAGUUGACUGCAGGAGGCAGCAGAAUCAGUGGUGUAAUGAUGAUACAAUUAGCCCAUCACCUUCGAUGAAGUAGUUUUGAGGUGGUCAGUCCCUCAGCCUGGAGAAGAACUCAGCUCCGUAAUCUGAAACAAUGUUAAGUCGAAGCAUGAAAAUGGGGACUUAUAUACCACUAAAUGUGAGAUGCAGGAAAUCUUGAAGAUAACAGAAGAGGUGUGGCCCACUAGUAAAAGCAAGAAUGUAAGAGUGAGAGGUAAAGAGUAUGAAGAGCGGCGACGUAGAGGCCGUGGCCGAGGGAGGGGCCGGCCAAGAGGCAGAGCAAAGGCCCCACCAAGAGGAUUACGAGUUAAGAAAAGGAAUAUGAUAGAGAGUGAAGAGGAGGAUGAGGAGCCAACACCAAAGGAGAAUGAACCACCAAAGGCAAAACAAUUUGAUCAAGACUGUGACAUCUCAUCACUGGAGGCUCCCACCUUCACAACUUUAGACCGUGGCCCACCUGCUCCUAUGCUUCGAUUAUCUUGGGAUCACCCAGUUAAUUUGAUUGGCGAAAAAGUACUUUCUCCUCGGAUCCACAUUUGUGAUGCAUGUAACAAACCAAUUCUUAUCUAUGGACGAAUGAUUCCAUGUAAACAUGUAUUUUGUCUGUGGUGUGCACGAAGCGAAGACCGAGUGUGUGCUCGGUGUGGAGAGCGGGUGGCUAGGGUAGAGCAGACUGGCUUAGGCACAGUAUUUAUGUGCAACUACACAAUCAAUAAGGCAGUUUGCAAGCGUACAUACUUGUCCCAGAGAGAUCUUCAGGCUCACAUUGAUCAUCGACAUAUGAAAAUGUCUGGAGUUCCUGGUGUGCCUAAAGAAGACAUGAAAGAAGAACGUCUGAGUCAUCGUGACCCUAGAGGUGAAUGUCGAGAAUCAAGAGGGGACCCAAGAGGGGAGGUUAGGCAAGAUCCACGUUCAAUGUCAGACCCUAGGGUUGGAAAGGAAGGUUAUGAUCACCGUGAAUCAUAUUCUGCUUCACAGUUUGCACGUCAAGGGUCUGGACAGUUUGCCACUGGUCAUUCACAGUCACAUCAAUCACCCUCCACUCACCAAGGAACAUCACAUCACAUUUCUGUUAUUCCUGUUAUGACCACAGCCCGAACCAAUCUUAUUACAGUCCCGCUCCAGGAUCCCCCUGAGCAUUCAUCUUUCCAGCACUCUGCUCCAUCUCGUCCAACACCCACUCAUCCACCCCCUCACUUGCCACCAACACAUCCUCCACCUACUCAUACAUUCACAAGUCCACCUCCAGCCCACCCACAGCCUCCUCCAACCCAUUCACAGCCUUCUCCAUAUUCCUCAUCCUUCACUACACCAUACAGCAGUCAGCCAGCUCAGUAUACAUACCCACCAAACCCUGCAGCACCACCUCCUCCAAACCCCACUGUCCCACCACCCCCAUACUCAAAUGUAGCUCCAACUGUCCCACCUCCAACAACAUAUGGGAGUCGUCCUCAAUAUGAGGGGCAGUAUACAACAGCUAGUCAGUGGUCUACACCACCACCACAAGCCCCUCCUUCUCAUCCACCUGGGCCUCCUCCACACCAUGCACCUCCACCUGCUGCUCAAUCAACUCAGUAUUACAGAAAAAGUUUUUAAUGGUUUCCAGUCAUAUAGCAGAUUUGUGACCAAGUUGGAAUAUUCAUAGUAGAGGUAUUGCAGUAAACUACUAAUAUCAUGAUAUUGGGACUACAUUUAAGCAGAGCUGCUACUGUCACGACCUCUGAUAUUAGAACUGCUGUCAGUGUUGCAAUUUUUCAAGAAACUUCUAAAAUGGUGGAGAGUCCUUUUCUGAAGGUAAUGACACUAAAAAAUGCAAAAUUUGAUGGAAAACUUACAGAAAUAUACAGGCACUAAGUUGGCAGUUGGCACAAUUUACUCCUCGCUGAUUUCUCCCACUUUGAGGCCUAUUUUAGGCCAGUUACAUGGCUCAAAAUGACCCAAUUUCUGGUUAUUUUGCUAUUAUACCAUCUAUUCUAUCAAUUAAGAACAUAAAAAUUGCCAUUCAGUUAUCAAAAGUACCACAUAAUGUGCCCUGAAAUCAGUAAUUUAGCCAACUCUACACAAAAAUCAAUUUCCAAUUUAAAAAGUCUAAAAUAGAUGCUGUAGACAUUUCAACCACUAAAGCAACCUUUCCUUUGUUCAUUAAUCAUGUCUUUAGGUCUUUCUUACAUAACACUUGCCCUUCAUUUUGAAUGCAUCAUCACACAAAAAAUCAAAGCUUUGCUACAUUUAUCAGCCAGUCAAAUAUAACACUAAGAAUGGUUGAUCAUUGUUUAGGUCAUCCCAAUAAUUGAAGCAGACCUAAUAAAAACCCAUAAAACAGACAAUGGGAGGAGGUAGGAGGGCCUCUGCCCUUCCAAAAAUUUAAUACAGUGGAAGAUCAUAAUUUUCACUUGUUUUGUUCCUGAAAACUGAGCUACAAAUGAUUUCUAUGAUUUAUAGACUGAAAAAUGUAUUUGAAAAAAUAGGGUUAUGUUCUUCAAACCUUUGAGAGAGCUAUAAAUAAUUUCUUGAAUAUCAUAAAAAUAAUAGUUUUUCUUACUGAACAGUGGCAGUGAUGAUGCUUUGUGAAAUACCAUAACUGUAGUGAGGUUCAGACAUUAAAAGAAAGCACAUUAGCUAACAAAUGGCUACAUUAAUACUGUAUACAUGUAUUAUAUGUCCAUAGGUAGUAGGUUGGUAGACAGCAACCGCCCAGGGAGGUACUACUGUCCUGCCAAGUGAGUGUAAAACGAAAGCCUGUAAUUGUUUUACAUGAUGGUAGGAUUGCUGGUGUCCUUUUUUCUGUCUCAUGAACAUGCAAGAUUUCAGGUAUGUCUUGCUACUUCUACUUACACUUAGGUCACACUACACAUACAUGUACAAGCACAUAUAUACACACCCCUCUGGGUUUUCUUCUAUUUUCUUUCUAGUUCUUAUUCUUGUUUAUUUCCUCAUAUCUCCAUGGGGAAGUGGAACAGAAUUCUUCCUCCUUAAGCCAUGCAUGUUGUAAGAGGCGACUAAAAUGCCGGGAGCAAGGGGCUAGUAACCUCUUCUCCUGUAUAUAUUACUAAAUUUGAAAGGAGAAACUUCCGUUUUUCUUUUGGGCCACCCCGCCUCGGUGGGAUACAGCUGGUGUGUUGAAAGAAAGAAAGAAAGAAAAAGGAGAAACUUUCGUUUUUCCUUUUGGGCCACCCCGCCUCGGUGGGAUACGGCCGGUGUGUUGAAAGAAAGACAUGUAUUAUAUGUUACCUUCAAGUUAAGUUCAGGAUGCUUAACAUGUUGAAGUGAGUGGAGAGGGGUGGCUGUGGACCUAUUCCUUGUUCUUUGUGAGGGUUACUCAUUGCACAAGCCCUUAUCUUUGUUUCAUUGUCUCAAAUUGAUUAAAUUGUUGAUUCUCUAACGUCAAACACUCGUGUUGUCUCCAGGAUACAUGUACUGCCCUUCAGCAUCUCAAUUACCUCCAGUUUUUUCAAGAUAGGCAUAGUAUCACACUUAAUCUUCUUGCUUCACCAGCAUCAUCUGCACUUCGUUUGGAAGCCAUGAUAAAUAUCUAAGAGACAGGAUGGGGCAGUGAAAAAAGAGCACUGUGCACUGAGCUAAAGUUGUAAGGUAUGCAUUAGAUACACUGACCUGCUUAAGAGGCUUAUUUGUUUAUGUCCCAUCACUCCCUCUCACCCUGCUCCACACUGCUAAGACAAUAAAGUUCCCUAAUACAUAUUGGGGAGGCUUCAGGGCUGCCUGCUACAGCCAUGAAAUGCAUGCUUCCAGUGGCAAUGAAUUUUGCUCCAGCACUUCUUAACAGAAAUGCAUGCCAUGAAUAGAAAUGAAUUCCACUCCCGCAUGCCUUGAUGUAAGUGGGUGCGCUUCUAUAAGAAAUGAAAACUUAAAUUUCAAUAGCAUAAUAUUGAAAAUGCUAGUAAUGAUCGUGCGACUUAAUGGUUUCUACUGUAUUUCCACCACUUUGAGGCCUAUUUCAAGCCACUUUGUCUGAAACUGAUCAAAAUCAUCUCUAUUUAACUAUUAUGUCUUUUAGUGUAUCAGUUGAUACCACCAAACUUUCAGGCAAUAAAAAAUUGAAAAUCAUCCUAGAACAUGCUUCAAAGUCAAUAUUUUAAACCAAACACAAGGGCAGAGUUUAGCUGUUCACAUCAUGCACUGCAUGGGGCAGAAUUCUUUUUUAUACAUACUGUGCUGACCCACAGCACAGAUCCAUUCUCUCAUGUGAAGGUCAAAAUUUACCAAUCACAACAUAAUUGAGGAAGCUAUGCUUAAGACAUAGAUCUAUGUAAGUGACACUGACAUCAGUGAUGUAGAUCUACAUGGGAGACUGUGAAAGGGCUAAUAAUACUGUAGCCGAGAAAGUAGUAUAAGGUAAUCUUAUUUAGAAUAUUUUUGUGCAUAACUAGAUUUGUUUUUAUUUAAAUCCAUUUGGUGCUUUAAAAGGCUCAUUCAUACAUGAAACUGUUUGGCACAUUGCACUGCUAAGUUCACUUAUAUUUAAACACACUUGGCCCAUUACUACGUUCGUGUGGUAUUUCCAUUGGUAAUGCAUUUUUUCCAGAAGGGUAAGUCGUAAGUGCAUGAUAUGAAAUUUAGAAUGUGAUGAAGUUUCUCUCUUUUAAUGUGAAAGUUAAAUGGCUUGAAAUAAUUUUCUGUAAUUAGCAUAAUAUAGAACAUUUUUUUUUUACCUGCUCUAGAAAUUUUUAAAACUUCAUUCUCUAAGAAUUGUAAAUGAAAGAAUUUAUAGAUGGAUCAUUGAGGGAUGGGAGAAGUGUGCUGGGAUAUAUGUACUGAAUAGUAAUGUCGAAUUACAAGUGUCUGCAGUGAGUGGAGAGUAAACAUGGUUAUUGUAGAGCAUGUACUAGAAAUGCUCUUUAGCAUAUUUAAUGAGUUUGUCAGAUAUGAAAAUAUAAAGAUGGAAUUUAUCCUAAGUGAA